ACUGGGAGAGGAACGAAGAAAAGGAUUAUGGAGAAUCUCUCCCAGUCCCCACCUUUAGUUCUGUACCUUCUCAUAGAGGAAACGAAUCAGUUAUGAAUAGUUUUGGAGCCAAAUAAAGGAAAGUGAAGUUCACAAAAGAGAAGAGAGAUGAGGAUAGAAUCCUUUUACUUUGAAAGUGUUUCAAGUAUUCACUGGCUUUGGGAUUGGCUGUGGCAUUGGCAUCGGCGUUGGUCGCCUUAUAAAUUUAGGUGCAAUACCAGUUCCGAACCAAGUUAUGGUUGCCACUCGAGGUGCAACAGAUGCUUUUUCUAAUGUUGGAAGGCACGUCAAUAAUUCAUUGAGGAAUCUGCGAGCAAAGAACCUUGAAGCAGGCAUUGGUUCUGGAGUGGGUUUUGGCCAUGGCUUUGGAGCUGGCCCUGCUGUGAAGCCCGGUGUAGUGCACAGGAUGCAGUUGAGUCUUUUAAAAGCAGUUACACGUGUGAUGAUAAAACUUGGAAUAUCUCCCGGCUUGUUUGUUAAUCGAAGCAUUCUUCCAGCAUCCUUACGAAGUGGCAUGAGCAUGUUUAAGGAAACCUCACACAACAAUCUAAUAGGAAGUAUGGGUCAGUUGGUAAAAUCAAUACCAAAUAGUAAAGAACGAGGCAAUACUAGGCAGAGAAGUACAAAUGAAGUUUCUUCUCCGGAAACUCUAGCACCUGAAACUGAUGCAGUAAACGCUCAAUCUACCAGUCGAAUAGAGAAGGUCAUCAGCAACUUUUUGGAGAAUCCACUUUUGAAAGAGGAGGGGGGCAAAGUAAAUGAGCAUGCUGAAAAGUUGCAAUCACAGAAUAACAUGCUUGAGAUGGUGUUGAAGCACCAAGUACUAAUUGAUGAAUUGAUGCGAGAGAAUGAGAAGCUUUGCCAAAUAUUGAUUGAAGAGUUGAAAGUCCCACCAAGUAAGCUCCAAUCUAGCUUCCCAGUUAGUCAGUCCCCAUGUAGUGAAUGUUUUGUUUGUCGAAGAAAACAAAGAAAACUGUGAAAGUUAUUCCAAUACUUACGUUUUUAUCAUCUCAGAAAUUGACUACAAAGUUUAACA